AUGAUGAUGAGCAGAUUCCAGAUACUUCUAAUGGCAAGUCUGCUGUCAGCUUUCAUCCCGCUGUAAACUGUUGGCUGCACAAACGUUGCAUUGACUCUCACCAUUCGCGGCGUGGUGAGGUUCGCGGGGAGUCCCAAAGCGGCGAAUGAAACGGCCCGGAUGUCAGACAGCUUCUUGUUCUCCGUGUCCGUGUCACCGUUUUUGACGACGUGUGCUUGCUUUCACGCUUCAUUAAUCGACAUGCAAACAACCCCCCAAACUCAACCUCGUCUCUAACCCGAAGCCAUGCCCGCCGAUCAAAGUUCAGACGAAACCCUCUCCAAAUGCACCAUUCUCCUCGUCACCGGGACAGGCGGCUUCACUCACGCCGCCCCAGUCCUCGAACUCGGCCGCCUGCUCGCCUCCCGCGGGCACACAAUCCACUUCGCAACCCACAAAACCCAAGAGAAAUGGAUCCUCACCAACCCCUCCUACGCCUUCAUCUCCCCUGCCCACAUCUACCCCAUGGGCGACCCUCUAACUCCCGAACAAGAAGAAGCCCACUACCUCGCCCUCCAAAACACCGACAUCCGCGUUGAUUACAAGUCUUACUUCGCGCCCAAAUAUACAGUCGACGCCUUCUGGACGUCAGAUUACACCCACCUCCUCCGCAUCACCAAAGCCAUCUCCCCCGACGCGAUCGUGACUGAUUUCUUUGUCGAGGCAACAAGGGAUAUGCAAAAACAGUUUGGCGUUCCAGUGGCGAUGGUCUGGCCGCAGAUGCCGUACGGGAUGGUAUCAGCGGGGCAUAUCCCCGGGAUUCCUGGGUUUCAAGUCGAUGCCCUGACUUCGGAAAAGGCAAGCUUUUGGCAGAGGAUACGCGCGGCCCUGAGGCCGUUGAGGGCAAUCACGACGGUGGUGCCGUAUUUGAGGUGGGUCAAGAGGAUGAGGAGAGAGGCCGGAGUGAAUUACCCCCUGGCCGGGGUGACAGCGGGAAAGCCGGAUUAUCUGGGUUUGGUGAAUAGCUUUUGGGGGUUGGAGACGCCAAAAGAUUGCCCGCCGCUUUUACAGGCUGUUGGGCCGAUUUUGUCGGAGGAGUACCCUGGAUUGGAUGGGGAGUUGAGGGGGUUCUAUGAGCGGGGGAAGAAGAGGAGGGUGGUGUAUGUUUGUUUUGGGACGCAUAUAACGCUGCCGACGGAGCAGGUUGUGAUGUUUUUGGGGGCAUUGGGGGAUUUAUUGGCGGAUGGAUUGGUAGAUGGGGUGAUUUGGACGGUCGGAAAGAAACAGAGGCAGCAGUUUCAGCCGUUGCUGAAUCAGUGGACUGGGGGAGUCAGGGAGCCAGUGGGGAUGCUGCUGGAAAAUCAGAGCGAGAGGUGGUAUUUCACGCCUUUUGCGCCUCAGAGAGCAAUAUUGGAUCAUCCGGACACGAUACUCUUUGUCACCCAUGGUGGCGGGAGCAGUAUCAAUGAGGCGAUGUACCAUGGAGUGCGUAUGUUGUCUCUGGGAUUCUUUUUCGACCAGCUUUUGAACAGUCUACGGAUUGUCGAAGCAGGUGUCGGGUUGGGUCUCGAUAAGGCCACAUUCACAAGAGACGAGAUUUACGACAAGGGCCGGCAGGUACUGCUUGAUGAGGACGGCAGCUUUGCGAGAAAUGUUGAGCGGAUGAGGCACAUUGCCCGAAUAUCAGCCCGGAAGAAACAUUAUGCCGCCGACCUGAUCGAGGAGAUGAUGUACGAUGCAAAGUUCGGACUGGAUCCCAACAGUGGGAAGAUGAGACCGAUGCAUCUUCAGACGGCAGACGUUAGAAUGCCGAUAUGGAAAGCCAAGAACCUGGAUCUGCUGCUCCUCGGAGGACUGGCGACUGCCGGGUUUGCCGGUGUAAGCUACUGGCUCUAUUCUUGGAUCAGUGAUCAGUUGUGA